GCCUGGCGCUGCUGAUUUAAACAUAAAAGAAAUGAUGAUGAAUUUGGAUAGAGAAUCAGUAAGUUUUUUGACAAAUUUUGCAUAAUGUAGAGCUUUUUGUUCGUUAUCUUCACAGCAAAAUUUAGCUUCUACACGUGGAUUGUUGCCAAACAGUACACAGCAAUCGUUUAUAGUCAGUACUAAUAAAACGUUUCGGCAACAGUUCGAUCUUUUAUUGAAUAAUUACAGAGUAAGUCUCUCAUGCUUAAACUAGGACAUAUAAGAAAAAAGUAUAUCUAUGCUAUAUUGGUUUUAGACUCGAAUUGCAUCACGGCCCCGAAAGAAGAAGGAUGAUUUUGAACAUGAAUCAGAAACUAUGAUGAACUCAUGUAGAAAUUUAAAUGAUUUUUUAGGCGCAUUUAUUGAUCACUCAUUAACAAAUCUCGAUUACAAUGUUCGAGAGCGACUUUUAAUGGAGAAAAUUGUCAAUUUUGAAUUUCGUCCAUAUGCAGAUACUGUAUUUUAUACGGAUCCUGAUAGAAACUUUACUCGUACACUAUUUUAUGCUCAAGAACAAGCGUUGUUCAUUUGGAAUAUGGCCACAUUUUGUGUAGUUGAUUAUAUUGCAACAAACUAUGUUUUAGCUGCUAUCGUCACCUAUAUACUAAAUAAGAUUGCUGUCAUGUUGAGAAAUUCGUUUGGACGAAGAAAUUUAUCUCGAAAAACCUUAAUUCCAAACAACUUUCUGAUUUAA